CUAGUAGGCGAAAAUAUGUCACAGAGCCAGGCAUCGAUAGAAGCACAGCUCUUCUAACUGGUGGGGUUACAAGGCUUUGCAUUAACUAAUGUUGUUCCCUAUUCCUAUGUCGGACCGUAAGACUUCUAGUCUUUUGGCCUGUCUUCUCAAUUCCGACAAUGGACGUGGAUGCUUGUCUACUAAGGAAAUUUAAGAAAAGCCCAUAAGCCAACAACCUGCUGGGAUCGUAUGACUGGUUGACGGUGGUGGUUGAGAGAGGUGAGAGGUCCGACGAUCAGCAAGCGUGAGACGAAGCUUAGCGCGACGUUGCAGUGACAGGUGGCUUCUUCCACUCAGGCACGCCGCGAGAUGCCGGCGGUUAGGAAAACCGUAGCCGAAAUGCGUUCCAGGGUUGAAGGAUAUGAGAAGACAGAAGAAGCAUCAGAGAAAACAUCCUUAGCCGACCGAGAUGAAGUGAGAACAAUAUUCCUCAAUCAGCCCCAACUAAUUAAGUUUUGUAGUAACCAUGUCAGCACUGCGAAAUAUAAUGUACUUACAUUCCUGCCAAGAUUCCUAUAUUCCCAGUUCAGAAGAGCAGCAAAUGCAUUUUUUCUAUUCAUUGCACUUCUUCAGCAAAUCCCAGAUGUUUCACCUACAGGUCGUUACACAACAUUGGUUCCACUUUUAUUUAUACUUAUCGUAGCUGCUGUAAAAGAAAUCAUAGAGGAUCUUAAACGACAUAAAGCUGACCGUGCUGUAAACAGGAAACAAACACAAGUGCUGAGAAAUGGAGCUUGGGAGAUUGUCUUCUGGGAAAAGGUAGUAGUCGGAGAUAUAGUUAAAAUAAAUGGAAAAGAGUAUAUUCCUGCUGACACAGUACUUCUGUCAUCAAGUGAGCCACAAGCCAUGUGCUAUAUUGAAACAUCAAACCUAGAUGGAGAGACAAACCUCAAGAUUCGACAGGGUCUACCAUUAACAUCUGAAAUAAAAGAUUUAGACAGCUUGAUGAGGCUGUCAGGCCGACUUGAAUGUGAGAGCCCCAAUCGCCAUUUAUAUGAUUUUGUUGGAAACAUUCGACUAGAUGCACAUAGCACUGUUCCUUUGGGUCCUGAUCAAAUCCUACUCAGAGGAGCUCAGCUACGAAAUACUCAAUGGGUUCAUGGAAUAGUGGUUUACACUGGACAUGAUACCAAGCUUAUGCAGAAUUCAACCAGACCUCCUCUUAAACUGUCAAAUGUGGAAAGAAUUACAAACAUACAGAUUUUGAUACUGUUCUGCAUUCUACUUGCUAUGUCCUUGAUCUGCGCUAUUGGCUCUGCAAUAUGGAGUAAUAAACAUCAAGACAGAGACUGGUACAUAGAUUUGAACUAUGCCGGAGCCAACAAUUUUGGACUAAAUUUUUUGACUUUUAUCAUUCUCUACAAUAACCUUAUUCCCAUCAGUCUGCUGGUUACGUUGGAGGUCAUUAAAUUUAUCCAGGCAUUCUUCAUAAAUUGGGAUAUGGACAUGCAUUAUGAUGUAACAAAUACACCUGCCAUGGCUCGGACAUCAAAUCUUAAUGAAGAACUUGGCCAGGUCAAGUAUGUGUUUUCAGACAAGACCGGCACAUUGACUUGCAAUGUUAUGCAGUUUAAGAAGUGUACUGUAGCUGGAAUUGCUUACGGUCACUGUCCUGAAACUGAUGAUCGUGAAGUUUCUGAGGAUGACUGCCAGAAUUCGCAAACAGGUGAAGAAAUGGCUUUUCGUGACCCUUCAUUACUGGAAAAUCUCCAAAGCAAUCAUACUACUGCCCCAGUCAUUUGUGAGUUUCUCACAAUGAUGGCUGUUUGCCAUACUGCUGUCCCUGAGAGGGAAGAUGAUCAGAUCAUCUACCAGGCUUCAUCUCCAGAUGAAGGGGCAUUAGUAAGAGCAGCAAGACAGCUUGGUUUUGUUUUUUCUGCGAGGACACCUAACACUGUAAUAGUAAAAGCUCUUGGACAUGAAGAACAAUACGAACUUCUAAAUGUGCUUGAAUUCACAAGCAAUAGAAAACGGAUGUCUGUGAUAGUUCGAACACCAACAGGAAAGCUGCGUCUGUACUGCAAAGGAGCUGACACAGUAAUUUACGAUCGCCUGGCAGACAGCUCAAAAUAUAAAGAAAUUACCUUACAACAUUUAGAACAGUUUGCUACAGAAGGUUUAAGAACUCUCUGUUUUGCUGUUACUGAAGUAUCAGAAAAUGCAUACAAAGAAUGGUUACAAGUUUAUCAAAAAGCAGCUACUUCCAUACAAAACAGGGUACUCAAACUUGAAGAGAGUUACGAACUAAUAGAAAAGAAUCUUCAGUUGCUUGGGGCUACUGCCAUUGAAGACAAACUUCAAGACAAAGUGCCUGACACAAUAGAGACAUUAAUGAAAGCUGACAUUAAAAUUUGGAUCCUUACAGGAGACAAGCAAGAAACUGCCAUCAACAUUGGACAUUCCUGUAAGCUCCUGAGAAAAAAUAUGGGACUGAUUGUCGUGAAUGAAGACAACCUUGAUGCAACAAGAGAGGCCCUUAGUCAUCACUGCACAACACUUGGUGAUACUUUGCGGAAAGAAAAUGACUAUGCAUUAAUAAUAGAUGGCAAAACACUGAAAUACGCUUUGACGUUUGGAGUACGACAGAGCUUUCUGGACCUGGCUUUGUCUUGCAAAGCAGUUAUCUGCUGCAGGGUUUCUCCUCUUCAGAAGUCUGAUGUUGUAGAGAUGGUGAAGAAACAAGUCAAAGUUAUAACUCUGGCUAUUGGAGAUGGAGCAAAUGAUGUUGGCAUGAUACAGACUGCACACGUUGGAGUUGGAAUAAGUGGGAAUGAGGGACUGCAGGCAGCCAAUUCAUCUGAUUACUCAAUAGCACAGUUUAAGUAUCUGAAAAACUUGUUGCUAGUACACGGAGCCUGGAACUACAACAGAGUAGCUAAAUGCAUUUUAUACUGCUUCUACAAGAAUAUUGUCCUAUAUAUUAUUGAGAUCUGGUUUGCCUUUGUCAAUGGGUUUUCUGGGCAGAUUCUUUUUGAACGAUGGUGCAUUGGUUUAUACAAUGUGAUCUUUACAGCUUUGCCACCUCUUGCACUUGGAAUAUUUGAGAGAUCGUGCCACAAAGAAAACAUGCUGAAAUAUCCAGAGUUAUAUAAAACAUCUCAAAAUGCACUGAAUUUCAACACAAAGGUUUUCUGGUUUCAUUGUUUGAAUGGCCUCUUCCACUCAAUUAUUCUAUUUUGGUUUCCACUAAAAGCGGCACAGCAUGAUAGUGCAUUUGGAAAUGGGAAAACAUCUGACUAUCUGCUACUAGGCAAUAUUGUUUACACGUUUGUGGUGAUAACAGUGUGCUUAAAAGCUGGACUGGAAACUUCUUCUUGGACUGUGUUCAGCCAUAUUGCUAUAUGGGGCAGUAUUGCAAUGUGGGUAGUUUUUUUUGCAAUCUACUCGUCAAUGUGGCCUGCUAUUCCAUUAGCACCAGAUAUGUCUGGAGAGGCAGAAAUGAUGUUUAGCUCUGGUAUAUUUUGGAUGGGUCUUUUGUUUAUACCAGUAACAGCUCUUCUGCUGGACAUAUUUUACAAAGCAAUUAUGAGAACAUGUUUUAAGACACUAGUGGACGAAGUUCAGGAACUAGAGGCAAAAUCCCAGGACCCAGGAGCUGUUGUACAUGGAAAAAGCCUCACAGAAAGAGCGCAAUUGCUGAAGAAUGUUUUUAAAAAAAGCACAGUCAACUUGUAUCCUUCAGAGUCUAUACAACAGAACUUACUCCAUGGCUAUGCUUUUUCACAAGAUGAAAAUGGAAUAGUCUCACAGUCUGAAGUGAUAAGGGCUUAUGACACCACAAAACAAAAGCAUGAUGAAUGGUGAACAGAUGUCAGAGAAGAAAGGUCUAAAUAUUACUCUAACACAAGUUACAUGGAAUACUCUCUUCCUGGGGUUUACUGACAGAAGAUGGUCUUACUCCCUAAAAAGAUCUCCCCAGCAGAUCUUUCUUAAUUUUUAUAGUACAGGCUCUGACUGCUACUGUCCUGUAUUAUAUAGACAUAAACACUGUGCAAAUAUAGUGUAACAGACUGAUUAGUACUGAAUGAUACACAGUUUCUGCAUUGUCUUUAUAAACAGGAUUAAAAUGUUCUCAUCCUACUGUAUUGAGUUAAAGCAUUAUACUGGUUGCAGUAUGUUGAAAGACAGAUUUGCAUUGUCAGGAACUAAAUGUUAUUAACAUGAGCUACAUUUGUAACUUGCUAAUCCAAGUCAAGUUUGCCAUUUAAUUGAAUGAGAAUUUUUUAAAUUUAUGGGGAUAUAGUGUGUGGCUCCUUUCCAGAAAUUAGCCACAUAAUUUUUUGUGCUUAUUUUUGAAGCAAUGAAAUAACACAGUAUUAAGAAAGAAUUAUACUUUCUGAUUGCAUCUACAAACCCUAAUUGUUCCAGACUGCCAAAGAAGUUCAUUGUUACAUGCAUCUCUGAAGCAGAUUAUCAUAAAACAAUAACCAUAAAGCUGUAAGAUUCAGUUCAUGGGAUCUUAACCGCAAGUGAUGCUUCAUAUGUGUUGAUCCUGGAAUUAUCCUGUUAUCUUCAUUAAUACCAUUUCUUGUUUGGGAUUCUUCAGCUUUGGCUUUAAGUCCCCUUUCUUUAUUACUUUUUGGCACUUAGGCAGCCUUGCUUGUGCAAGUUACAUAAGUGGCAUAACAUAUGUGUCUACUGCUGUAAUUUUUGCAAAUGUUCAGAACAUGACUUCUGAAAAAUAUCCAUCCAAAAAUGCAAAUUUGUCAUCUCACUAAGUAUUUUUUCUUCUGAAUGAGGAUGUACUUGCAGUCAUAUAUGACAUCUUUUUUUUUUUAAUACAGUGCUGGUCAUUUACAGGUUUUAAAGAAUGCUGUGUUCCAUAUCCCCAGUAAUUGACAGUAAAAAGAAAAAGUUACUUUCAGUAGUAGUUUACUCAUGUGGAAUGUAACAGUUUUCUCGCUAUGAAUUGCUGAACUUCUUCCUAAUAAUGAAAUAUAGAGUAUACAGAUUCUGAAAGGGCAGCUGUGAAACUAAUACUAUAGCCAUUUAAGGCAAUGUAGGAUUACUUGAAUGUUGUGCAGUGAAUGCAAACAGUGUUUGACAUGAGAUGUCAUUGAGUAUUCAUGCAGCAGUGCCACUGAUCAAUAAAAAGAAAUCAAGUUGCUGUGCUUGUAAAAUAAGGGGCUAUACAAAUGAAAUAUGCUUUUUUUCUUAUUUUGUUACUAAUACGAAUAAUUAUCUCAAGUACAAACAGCUAACACCUGAGCACUGAGUUUACUGUAAUCUUAAUGGUAACUGUUUACAGCUUAUGUUACUUAAUAGUUUUACAUACAUUUGGAAACAGUAGGCCCUUAAAGAGUUCUUAGUUAAAUAUUUGGCACUUUUAAAGCUUGAGGGUUUAUUGCGGCAUUAUCAGUGCUGUAGUGUAUUCCCCUUAGGGAAAUGACAGCUCUUAGGAUUAUAACCUUUAAGCAUUUCUUGGGUCUUGGGACAUUGCAGCACACCAUUGUUCAUGGAGUCUGCCAUGUCUAUCAGUUGCUAACAUAGUGUGCCAAACCAUUUCUCCAUUUGGCAGUGUGAUGUUAUUCUCUUGCUUGAUUUGCCAAUCUGUCCUGUUUCUUGAGCAUGACAGCUUCUAUCAUCUCAGUGUUUGAGAAGAAUAUUGUGUUAUCAUAGUUAACUUAUACAGUUUGGGAAUAUAACAUCUGAGUUAUAUUAAAUUUAUUACAAGUAUCUAUCAGUCUAAUCAGAUGAUGGAAUGUAAACAUGGUCCUUUGUUCUGGCUUUUAUUGUCAGUGUGUGUCCUGUCUACCCUUUAUUUAUAUAUGUUGACUGAGAAGGUCCCACUAUGUCUGUGACAUGGGGAGACUUGACAUUGGGAAGAGAUGCAGCGGUUUAAUUAGGCUAUUUAACAUUUUCUCCUGUAUGCAUGAGUUGGUACCAAAUGUUGUCUGCUCAAGCAUGGCCACUGUUGCCGGUGCCUCUGGCACUUGUGAUUUAAGGUGCUUCAUUACCAGAUGUGGAGAUACUUCAGAUGGAACACAUUCAUAAAUGGCCAAUUUGUGCUCUGUCCAGUGUUGCAUGUAUUCUGAGGUGGUCUUAGAGUUUGCUGUGUUUUUGCCUCUGUUUUAAACUUGUAUGUCUUGGCCUACUUGUUAGCACUCCAUAAAAUGCACAGUUAUAUCUUUAAAGAGAUAUUUUAUUUUUAGUUUUCUGCCAUUGUGAAUUACGUCCAAUUUAAUUUUAAUGGUGUUUUUGCAAACUGGAAUAUGUUUUUGAAAUGCAGGAACAAAGCUGUGGUGCUUUCAUUAAGUAUAAAUCACAAUGUGAAACAGUAUUACAUGGCAGUUGACAUUCCUCUUUUGUCUUAUUUUAAUUUAAUUAUAUCUGAAUAUUUUAAUAACUUGUUAAUGGGAGCCACAAUAAAAAAGGGUAUUACCACUUCAGGGUAACUCAAGCAUUCACUGUAGGGCAGGAUAUCCAGACCUAGAUUGUACUAAUUGUUGAGCUGCAUGAAUGGUGUUUCCAAUAUCUUUCUCAGGUUUACUUUCAACUUUAAGUCAUUGCACUGUAUUUCUUGUUGAGUUGUGUGCUUUUAAAAGCAUCACCAAUUUAUUUGCCAGUAACUACUGACCUCUUGUGAAAUUGCAUGAUUGCAGCUGCAGCUUUUAAAUGUUUUGUCUUUUAAUUAUUAAGGAAAUAAAUCUUACAUUUGAAAAUA